AUGGAACAACAAAAGGCAAUCGCCAAUGGUGCUGGGCCAACUGAUACGCAGAUGUCUGAUAUUGCAAAUACCGGAAAUGGUGAAAUUCAAUACCCAAAUCUCAAUAAUGCUUCUAGUUCCGGUUCUGGCGGCGGAAUUGAGACGACGGUGGGGAGCGUGACGACAGGGGGGAGCGCGCCGACAGGGGCCGUGCCGACAGGAAGCGUGCUGACAGGGAGCGCGCCAACAGGGAACGUGCAGACAGGAAGCGUGCCGACAGAGAGCUUGCUGACAGGGAGCGUGCCGCCAGGGGGAAGCGUGCCGACGACAGAGAACGAGACGAAGCCAAGUCGCUAUACCCAAAAGCAUCGAGAGACUGUGAACCGACUACUUACUCUGGCGGCUAAUGAUUACUACGGUAUACUAGGCGUAAAUCCGGAUGCGUCAAACGCCGAGAUCCGGAACCAGUAUAAGAAGCUUUCACUCGCAACACAUCCAGACAAAAAUAUUGACCGAGACGCCACAGAAUGUUUUAAAAAGGUUUCAGAAGCAUGGCAGGUCCUUGGACAAAAAGCCUUGAGACGAGCCUACGAUGCCGAUAAGAAGAGCUUUAAGAAUACGGGGCUUGACGACUCGAAAGAAUGCUUCAAUGAAGAGUUCGGCGGCAAUGCCUUCGAUGAUGGUUCUGAAGAUGAGUCUGACUCUGAAGACGUUAAAGCCGAAACCACACGAAAAGAGAACGCUCCUACAAUUGGAGAACCAGACAAGGUCAUAAAAGAUAUCUAUCAACAGGCGACACCUUUCGUCAAUGACUUGUUUUCGGACGAUGCAAAGGACUCUAGCACUAUGGGACUUCUUAAUCUUAAUAGACAGAUCGAAAAGCAAAACGAAAAAGAAGGUUACGAAAAAAAUCAAUUUUUGUUCCCAGUGGGUGCACUACUAACGUUGUCCCACGAUCUGAAGGCAACUAGAAAGGAGCCCGACAGUUCUACGGCGCUAGGACGAAUGAUCAUGAUAGAAGAUGCAUUUCUGAAGCUGAAACGGACGAAUGGUUAUCCAGAAGCAUGGUCCCUCGGCAUCACAUCUGACCAGAGGAAAAUGAUCGACAAGGCGAGGAAAGAAAAAAAGGCCCGUGAGGAUGAAAUGCUCAAAUCUUUUCAGAAGGCGAAAACUACCAAAUCGCGAAAUCCAGGGAAAGGGACUGCUGACGGAGAGGCACCGGGACCAUCAACCGCCGAAAGGAAGGGAAAGGGUAAAGCCGACGCCUCGUCGUCUUCAACAGGCCCUGAGCGAGCGGCUUCGGAAUCAUCAACCGCCCAGACGAAAGGGAAAGGUAAAGCACCUCGGCCUACAUCCGACGACACACAAUCCAACAAUAUUUCACCUUCUGGGGCCGAGAAUGAGGGUAGUGUCGGUACCCCAGUUGUGCGACGCAGGUCUAAGUGGUCUGCAGGAGAGACAAGGCAUGGCGAGAAGAUAUUGGGUUAUGUUCCGAAGUAUGUGUACAAUAGCGCCUCGGGGAGAAGAGACAUUCUUCGCGGUGUGCAGUUUGUUAUCGAAAAGAAGGACCAACCCAACCCCGUGGCUCUCGUUUCUGGGGAAGAUAUUGGAACGCGUGCUAAGCAGGCUUACCUCGACUUACCGGAUGACCAGAAAACGGAUUUGCGAUAUUCCGAGAAGAGAUACUCACGCGAAAACUUGGGAGACUUCGACGAGCUUCUCGGAUUCGCAUCUAAGCCCUUUGAGACGCUAAAAGAAGGUUCUACGGCAUACCCUCAGGGAUAUGGCUAUGUUAAGCUGAAGAAUGGGGAGAAAGAUUUCUUGAGUAGAACGGCACUACGUGGCAUGCUAGGACGGAAAGAUGCGGACAACGAGAUUUCUGAGUUCUACGAAGAUAUCAAUGAGGUGCCGCCGUGGAAAAUUCGACCAAAGAGCCUGAGAAUCGAGACUGCCAGAGAAUCGAAGCAACGACGCGCCUUGCGGGAGCCCAACUCAAGAACGCCUGAAUCCGACUCAGGUUAUGACUCUGAGGAAAAUGACGGUCGCUACAAGACUGAAAGGAAGCAAAAGACCCUUCCGCUCAAUAUUGAGGAGAGAUUUGGAACAUUUGAGAGAAAGAUAGAGCGUCUCGAGCUUCUACUGGAAAAAUAUCUCGGGUUGGAGGACUCGGCGGAUAGGAUGGAUGAAAGCUAG